UGAUUUUGCAUUUCCGGGGGGGGAGAACUCUUAGUAAACACAACAGUUCUCCCCCCUCCCCAUCAGCUCCUGCAAACUGCUUUGAAUGACUGUGCAUAGCACAGCCAUGCAAAGCAGUGUGCUUACAGUGAAGCACACAGACACAUAGUAAACCACGUCCAGCACAGUUAACCCUUUGAUCACCCCAGAUGUUAAACCCUCCCUGCCCAGUGCCAUUAGUACAGUGUCAGUACUUUUUAUUAGCACUAAUCACUGUAUUAGUGUCACUGGGGAUGUCAUUGACACCAAGUCAGUUCCCCCCAGUGUCAGAAUGCCUGCUGCAGUCCCACUAU